AUGGGAAACCCGACAGUGCAGUCUAGAAUCAAAGGAUCUAUCUUUGGCGUGGCAGUUGUUGAUGCCCUCGGCGGGCCGGUAGAGUUCCAACCACGGCGCAGUUUCCCGCCAGUAACCCACUUCAUGCACAAUGACACGUUCGAUGUUCCACCCGGCACAUGGACUGACGACACAUCCAUGACCUUAUGUCUUGCUCAGUCACUCAUCGCCUCAAAAGGCAACUUCAACCCUCAGGCUGCAAUUCGUAACUAUAUCGAGUGGUACGAGAAUGGCUACUUAUCAGCUACUGAUGAAUGCUUCGAUAUUGGGGGUGGAACCAGACAAGCAUUGAUGAUCUGGAAACACUACUUUGACAGGUCGCCUCAUAUCCGCGCAGAUGACCCGAACGGUCAUGAGGGCGGACAACCUGAAAUCGACAAAGCCUUGAAGCGCGAAAUGUUUUGUGGAAACGGCUCCCUCAUGCGCGUUGCACCCAUUGGACUUGUGUUUUUCCGAGACACGGACAGGGCAUUGUCCAACGCUGCUGUUUCCUCAAAUGCCACUCAUCCUUACCCCACGUGUGCCGAGUGCUGCCAGAUCUACACCAGACUCAUUGUGCGCGCUAUGAAUCGCGCUAGCAAGGAAGAUCUUGCUAAAGAGUUCACUGGCACGGCUUUCGUAGAUGUUAAGGUGAAGCAACGGCUUGACCGUUAUUCAACUCUCUCCGACUGGGAGAACACGGAUGAAGAUGAUAUCAAAUCGUCGGGAUACGUCCUUUCCACGCUUGAGGCUGCUCUCUGGGCUUUCUUCACCACAAGCACCUUUGAAAGCGGAGCUUUCAAGGUCGUCAAUCUGGGCUAUGAUGCCGAUACCGUGGGGGCGGUAUAUGGAGGGCUCGCAGGAGCAUAUUAUGGGAUCGAAGAGAUACCAGCUGAGUGGAUUGCAGGCCUGCAAAAGAAAGAUGUUGUUGAAGAAAUCGCAUCCGGUCUCUGUUCUCUUAGUUAA